AUGCCCGUCGCACUCGUCGUACGUGAAAAUAAGCAACUUGUUAUUGAAAAAUUUGAUCUACCUAAAUAUGGUCCUAAAGAUCUUCUGAUUAAAGUGACUCACGUUGCUCAAAAUCCAACAGAUUGGAAACAUGUUCAUUAUGGUAUGGCUAAACCGGGAUCUAUUGUUGGUUGCGAUUUUUCGGGUGAAGUUGCUGAAAUUGGCAAAGAAGCUAUUGGUAAUUAUACAAAAGGUGAACGUGUAGCUGGAUGUGUUCAUGGUGGUCAAGAUCCUCAGUUCGAUGUUCGUGGUGCUUAUUCUGAAUAUGUCGUUCAAGAAGCAUCGCUUGUCUUUCGUUUUCCAUCUACAAUAUCACCAGAAGCAGCUGCAACUAUUCCACUAGCUUCAAUUACUGCAGCUCUCGGUUUAUUUCAUGAAAUGAAAUUACCACUUCCACCUGCCACUUCUCAAGUACCUGUUCUUAUUUGGGCUGGUAGUACGAGUGUUGGUCAAUAUUCAAUUCAAUUGGCUAAAGCAGCCGGAUGUUAUGUCAUUACUACAGCAUCACCUGCUCGUCAUGAUUAUUUAAAAGAACUUGGUGCUGAUGUUUGUUUCAAUUAUAAAGAUGCUAACGUUGUCUCACAGAUAAAACAAGCAGCGAAAGACAAUUUAGCUUAUGCUAUUGAUUGUAUAUCAGAAAAGGAAUCAAUAGUACAAGUAUGUGCUACGCUAACAGGUAAUAAUUCUCAAGUAGCUACUGUUCUACCUGGUGUAUCAAAUGAAAUACCAUCACAUGUUAAGGAACGUCCAGUUAUGAUGUAUACGACUUUUGGACGAUCUAUGCAUGUUUUUGGUCAAGAUUAUCCAGCAAAACCACAAGAUAAAGAAUUUGCUGAAAAAUUCUAUAAACUAUUAACGGAUGUCUUAUUACCAGAAGGUCUUGUUAAACCAAACAAAGUAUGUAAAAUAUCAGGCGGACUUAAUGCAGUUGAACAUGGAUUUAAACAAAUGAUGGACAAUAAAGUAACAGCUGAAAAGUUGGUUUAUACAUUGGCUGAAACAACAAACAACUAG